AUGAACAACCACAACUUCUCGAAUUCUUCCGCGCUCGCCGCGUUGCUUCACGCACUUCUUUCUACCUUCUACGAAGCUGCCAUCAUGACAAUCAUCAAACUUGACUCCUUCCUCCUACCUCUUUGGAUGUCAACCAUCAUCUCCAUCGACAAAGCCAUCGCCUCUACCACCGGCCUGUUUGCCUCUGGCGUUGGUCCUGCCUUCCGACUCUCCACCAACUUCGGCAAAGCGCUUCGGUGGCUGGCUGAGCAACUGCUACCAACAACAACAACAUCAGAAGAGGAAACCAACAUGACGCAAGAGACCCUCGAUUUCCUGGAAAGCAGAAUCCGGUACCUCGGCAACUUCUUCGACGCCACCAUCGCCUCCAUGGCCACCACCAAACCUCCCUCCUCACCCAAGCGCGACCACUCGGCCACAUCUUCGUUCAACAACACCUCCUCCACCCCUGUCCGUCACACCCCAGUGCGGUCACAGGCAUGUUCGGCACAAGACUACAACGUUCCUGAUUCGGAAGGGCCUGAUUUCGAAACCAUGUCGGUGUUAUCCGACUUCUACCCGUCUGAUGAUGACAUCGACUGGUUGUCAGACCAGAUUGUUGCGAGAGCCGCGCGUGCUGCCGCAAGGCGCCGCGCUUCUGACUUGGUGCUGGUGGGAGCUUCGGGGCUCUCCGAAGCAAGGGAGGAGAAGAUGCGCGAAGAAAAAGCGUAUCUGGUGUGGAAGAGAGGAUACGACGAACGCCUGGCCAGGGAUAUGGCUACCAGAGCCGUCGAGAAAGCGAAGGAGGAAAAGAGGCUGAAGGCACUAGAUGCCCACCUCGAAAAGCAGAAGCAAGCCAGGCUUGCACCUCGAGGCCCGAGAGUAAUCCGGGACCCAAUUUCGGGGCGCGUGUUCUCCAACUAG